GCAAUAAACAGCCUCGGUCAUGGCCGUUGCAGGUAUGUAACAAUCCACGCUUCCGACUGUCCAACAAAGGAAACUAGGUUGCGGAAGUCGCGUCUAUUAAUAGCAUAAUCACUAUCGCGAUAUUGCUUCAGCACGAGAAUCACCGCAGCGCAUCGAGGAUCACCCGCGUUUUUACACUUUUUUGAGUUCAAACCUGACAGCAGUACGGUACUCAGGUAAAGGCAGGGUCGAUUAAAGGAUCACGGAACAGAAGUGGCAGGAGCGAAUGAGAUCGCCGAUACCACAGUGGUUCGACUGUUGUAACUUAUAACUUGGAGUCAAAUCGCCGUGAUUUCAUCCCACCAUCGAGACCCGCCGCCAUGUAUUCGCUUUCAAAAUCGCUCCUGCUGUUGAUAUCCUCCAGUCUCUGCCUUUCCAGCGCGCUCGUGAUCGACAAAUUUGCGGCCGAGGACUCAAAUGCACUCGGGAACUGGCAUGGCUGCGACGAGGGCGACGGGAUAACCUGCACCUGGCUCACGAACGGCCUCCGCAUCCAAUCGACCGACACGGACUACAGCUUCUACACGCAGCUCAACAACGGCUGCCAGGACAUCACCAGUCUUAGCUCCCAGUAUCUCCACGUGAAGCUGUCGGGCAGCACAGCCUUCUCCAUUGCCCUGCAGCAGAACAAUCCGCAAUGCGACGAGGCUGUGGCGCCGUAUCCAGAGACGUGGGACAUCGUGUAUGCCGCCGACUACGCGGUCAGCGGCGAGAUCUACGUCCCGCUGAGCCACUUCAACAUCAACAAAGCGCGUGCCGUCGGCUUCGCGUUCAAGGCAUUCCGGUCCACCGCCACGACAACGCUCACUCUCGUCGAAUUGGUCGCAAGCCUCCCCUCCGGGCGAACAGUGCCGGCGAAGAAGGCCACCGGCUCGCUGGUCUUCCAAUGCACCCGCCCCAACAGCAUCGCCUUCGGCAUCGACGACGGCGUGCCAGAGCUAGCGCAGCAGACGAUGAAGAUCAUCGCGGACGCGGGCAUCAAAGUGACUUUCUUCACGGUGGGCUCGGCUCUGUACGACUCGUCGGGGAACUUCACGGCGGUGUACAAGGAGGCGCUCGCGCGCGGGCACCAGGUGGCGCUGCACUCGAUGACGCACCCGAAGAUCGAGGGGCUCGCCAGCGUGGCGCUGAUUGAUGCCGAGUUUCAGCAGUCCAUCGCCGCGCUAAAGGAUAAGCUCGGGGUCACCACCAAGUAUUUCCGUGCGCCGUAUGGAACUGAUGGCGCGCUCACUCGCCAGCGCUUCGAGGCCGCUGUCGUCGGCGGCGGGAGUAGGAUCAUCAACUGGAGCAUCGAUAUUGAAGACUGGCUCUGGGGAACUAGCAGUACUCCGGCGAAGCAGGUGGACGCGGUAACGAGGGAUAUCGCCAAAGGAGGCAAUCUUUUCGUCGCUCAUUACUUGUAUCCCAGCACCGUGCAGUACUUGCCAGAGUUCAUCCGGCUCGCCAAGGCCACGGGAAAACAGAUCAUGCGCGUCGAUCAGUGCUUGGAGGAUCCCGAUGCGCCGCCUUUGUAAAUUAACUAGUGGGAAGGGGCGGGAUCGGUGAUGUUUUUAAGAUAUAUAAUGUGGAUCGUGGUACGCU